AUGAUUCGUCGGUCUUCUAUCUUCGCGGUCAUCAGCCUGUUGGCCGCCAGCACCAUGUCCAGCCCAAUGGAAACACUCUUCGAAAGGGACGACAACAAAGGUCUUACCUGCAGCACCAGACACAAUUGCAUGAGCUACUACAAGACCGGUCUCAGGACAUGCGCUUCUGGCUACACUCAGCAUGAUAUCAAGGCCUCUGGUACAACGGGAGGUUCGGACUGCACAAAAAGAUGCACCAAAGACGAAGAAAAACAAUGUUUCGCCGACAAAUGCAAGUACAACACGUCUGAGUGUGACAAGCAUCAGGCAAGUGGAUUUUGCAAGGACGCUCUUGAAUGGUGCCAGACACCAAUCAAGAUGGACAAGAGUAUCUGCACAGGACUCUACAUGAGCGAGCCCGUGAGUUACGAUGAAACGAAGGGAACAUGUGCUCCGGACAGCAGCCCAGAGGCGAAUGUUUCAAAGCAUCUUCGCAUGAAGGUAGAGCGGGUCGGGUUGGCGCUUUACAUGGAAUGCGACCCGAUUACCACCGAUGGCGCGAAGUAUAUUGUGAGACAUGUCCAGACCAAAAGUGGUUUGAAAAGCUGCUCGGACGUUGAUUACACAAAACCCGCUCCCAUUAUGGUUUGUGAUGCCAACGAUGACCGGUGGCCUGCAAUUAAGGGUUAUGCCGAAGAGGCUUGCAAGAAUGCGGGACAUCCUGUUGGAAUGGAGGCUGAUUUUGAAAGUCGCAAAGUUUAG